CACAGGUGAUAGUGAUUACAUGAUUAAUGACUGCUCUGUCCAGUGGAGACAGCGUGCGUCCUCAUGGUGGAACAAGAUGAUGAUGGAUAACCGUGAGUUCAAAGACGCUGCUGGCACCGUGUCAUUAGCCGGACUCCAGCGCCCCUCGGCCCCCGGCGCUCCGCAUACCUUUGCGGUGUGUGUAUAACAGAGCGAGUGUGUCUGGAUGUGGCGCAGUCAGUGCAUGGCGACGGACAAUGUGCCACCACCUUUGGGCUCCAUCGAGAACCCGGUCAAGUUCAAGGACCAGGACUUCAGGACUCUCCUGGAGGAGUGUCUGAAGUCCGGGGAGCUGUUUUCUGAUCCAACCUUCCCGGCUGAACAGAAGUCCAUCGGUUUGCCCGAACAAGACCCGAAAGAUCCCGAGAAGGACAUGAAGUGGCAGCGACCCAAGGAAAUCAGCGACAAUGCCGUGUUUGUGGAGGGCACAACUGGGACCACUGACAUCUGCCAGGGCCAACUGGGAAACUGUUGGCUGCUGGCGGCUUUGUCCUGUCUCACCAUGCACCCCAAGCUCUUUGCGAAGGUGGUGCCACCUGGACAAAACAUGUCCAAGCCUUAUGCUGGGAUCUACCAUUUCAGAUUCUGGCAGUAUGGUGAGUGGGUGGAGGUGGUUGUGGAUGACAGGCUGCCAGUACGCGAAGGCCGUCUGCUCUUCAGCUACUCUCGCACUCGCAAUGAGUUUUGGAGCGCCCUAGUGGAGAAGGCCUACGCCAAGUUGAUCGGAUCCUACGGAAGCCUGAAAGGCGGCAACAUCUCAGAGGGGAUGGAGGACUUCACAGGAGGCAUCGCGUACUCGGUGGACAUCACGUCGCGAACCCCCCGCGUCCUCUGGAGGAGUCUGACGGUGGCUCUGUCCAGAGGCAGCCUGCUCAGCUGCUUCAUCCAGGUCUACGCCUACCAGGACAUCGGUAAAGUGACAGGAGACGGGCUGAUAAAGGGCCACGCUUACGCCAUCACCGACACAGACAAGGUGACAAAUGCGUCAGAUGACAUUUUGCUGCUGAAGCUGAGGAAUCCCUGGGGUUUUGUCGAAUACAACGGACCUUGGAGUGACAAGGGAAAAGAGUGGGACAGCAUCGAGAAAGCCGAGAAAGAGCGGAUUGAGCUGAAAAAGAGAGAAGAUGGAGAGUUCUGGAUCAAUGCUGAGGACUUCUGCCGGCUAUUUGACAUCGUGGAGCUCUGCAGUUUGAGACCAGACUCUCUGGAUGAGACAAAGACACCCGUCUCUCCUUCUGCUCCUGUACCCCAGGCGACCUGGACCAUCAGUGAACAUGAAGGAUUAUGGGUAACGGGGAGCUCUGCCGGUGGUAGCCGCAAAUACAACAGGACAUUUUGGAAAAAUCCUCAGUUCCAGUUGGUUCUUAGAGAGGAGGACCUGAAAGAGGAGGAAGACGAUGAUGACGAGGGUGAGAAUGAUGAAGAUGGCGAGGUGGAGACGGCUGCGAUGACAGAGAAACAGAAGAAGAGAGCCAAACAGUGCACCGUGCUGGUGGAGCUGCUGCAGAAAGAUUGCAGGCAAAGUAAUAAAGUCAACUUUCGCUACAUCGCAUUCCACAUCUACAAGGUUCCGGCUGAACUCCAGGAUGUUUGUCUCACUCGCAACUUCUUCAUGAAAAAUCGCCCCGUGGGUCGUUCUGGGAAAUAUAAAGCUCAGAGAGGUGUUUGGAGGAAACUGCAUCUGGACCCGGGUAACUUCAUCAUUGUGGCAUCGACCUAUCGACCCAACCAGCCAGGCGAAUUCUUCAUCCGCAUUUUCUCCAAGACUGGAAACACCCUCGGGACUCAGGACUUUACGUGCUCCUCUGGCUACCUCCCGGUCAUGGCAACCCCUGUCUCCCCAGAGGACCAAAGGAGAGUUCAGAGGACUUUUGAAGAAGAUGCUGGCCCUGAUGACAAGCUGAACGCCAAGGAGCUGAUGAAGCUGCUGAACUCGGUUCUUGAGAAGGAUUACCAUCUGCCCCUGGAGACGUGCAGACAGCUUAUCUUUGCAGAGAAUACUAAAGGACAAUCUCGUCUCAGCCACACACAAGCAGAAUCUCUGCUGUCCAGUGUGCGCAAUCUGCAGUCACUUUUCUUUGAGUUUGACGAGGACUCCUCUGGUACAAUGAGCCCCUAUGAGCUCAGCGCCGCACUGGAAGCUGCUGGAAUGCAAUGUGAUGGAAAGGUGGUGCAGCUGCUGACGGAGCGCUUUGCGUCUGGAGAGCUUCACAUGCCCUUCAACAGCUUUGUGUCAUGUUUCACCAGGCUGCGCAAACUUUUUGCUCUGUAUGAUUCUGAGACCAGUGAGGCGGUGAAAGGCAGAGGCAUCAAUGCUUGGCUCCUUCAGUUUCUGACACUGUGAAGAUGCUUCAUGAAGAUGUUCUCCUCACUGACACAUUGUCCAUUCCAAAAUAGAAACAAAAUAUAUUGCUUGUCAUUUUAAAGUGUUCUGACAUAUGUUCUUUUAUAAGAAAUCUACAGCUAUGGCCAUAACUGUUUAUGCUUUGCUCUGCCAUUAUAACAUUAUCUUCAUCUUUGUCAAGUUUAGUUUAGUUUGUCAUAUUCUGGCUAUGGCUUUGAUAUGUAUUGAGGGUCCUUGGUGAAUUACUAAAAGUGCUAACCAGAAAGAAGCCGAGGCAGAGGUCCAGAUGUCUGUGGACCACUUCAAAAUGAGGCUUAAACUAUUGGAGAGUCAAUCAAACACAAGGUAGAGAUGCUCCUAAGAGGUAUGAGAAUAAAAAAAUAGCAAUGCAAAAUGACCACAAAAGACAUAAUUAACACAGAUGACUUCCUGGUCACACAUAGUCUUUGUGAAUAGAAUAUGCAGCGCCAUCAUUUAAUUACAAGUUAUCUAUUGUAUGUAAUACUAUUAUCUUAAACUGUUGAGUAACACAAUUAACAAUCAUAUACUAACCGGUAUUAGGAGUUUAACGGUGUCUUUUCUUCUCUUGUGUUUUUUUUUGUCAUUAAAUGGUUUUGAAGACCAACCAUUGCACUUUGUAAGUUGUACAAUAUGAAACAAAAUAAAAUGACACAUGAAUGAAGUGA